AUGGGUUUCUUGCUACUGCUGUUCCUGGUAUUCUUUGCACCCCUGGUACUCUUUGUUGCAUGGCUUGCAGCUUCAUCCUGCCUGGGGAAUCGCCUCCGUUCUGUACGGCCAGGAUUGGAUGGAUAUGGAGCAAGUUACCUCCGCACAAUGGCCAACUCGGGUCCAGCUAUGUCCGAGCAGAUCGAGAUGGACGACAUGCUAGCAGAACCAGGCACCCAUCGACACUUCGAGGAGGAUGAUUGA